GGGGGUACCUUUUUUUUUUUUUUAAAAAGGCGUUUAAAACAUGCCAUUAACAACUUUUCGAGAUGAAAAUAUUAUAGUUAUUCAUAUUGGAUCUUAUAGAACGCGUGCAAUUCUUGGUCUUUCUGAGUCAUUAACGCCGCCAACAGUGAAGAUUUUAACACGGGUGGGUAUUCGUAGAGGACAGAAUAAUGGGGUUACGGGGGAAAAUACAGAGGAAAAGUAUCUUGUUGGAGCAGAACUUUGUGAGGCAUUGAUUUCUGACCGAAAUAUUGAGAUAAUUUGGCCUAUUAAGCGGGGGAUCGUGAAGAAUUGGAAAGCAUUAGAAGCAAUUUGGAGUUAUAUUCUUUAUAAACUAUUGAAUAGACCGUAUCCUCCUCAGCCGAGAACAUUUGUAAAUCCAGUUUAUUUAAUUGUACCACCUCAAUGGAAUUUUAGAGAUAAAGAACUUGCAACACGUAUUUUUUUUGAAGAGCAUCUUGUUGCAGGAUUUGCAAUUGGUAAUUCUAGUGUUCUUCCGUUGUAUGCAAUGGGACAUCUUUCAGGUCUUGUUAUACAUAUUGGUCAUGAAAAAACAGACAUUACUCCAAUAUUGGAUGCACAAGCAAUUGCUCCGGCAAGAGUAACAAUUCCUAUUGGUGGAAAAGAUAUAACAGAGUAUCUUUAUUCUUUGCUUUUAUCAUCUCCUCCUAUUUUGAAAGAAACUAAUAUGCCUCUUCUUCCAGAAGAGAUUACACUUGAGCUUUCUGAAAAGAUAAAGUAUUCAAAUAUUGUUGAAGUUAUUGUAGAAAAUGUUCAAGAUUCUUUUCAAAAGCUAUUAAAUAGAGAAAACGAUAAUUUACAGCUUCCAGAUAGUAGUAUGGAUGGUGUAGAAGAUGUAGCAUCAAUUGUUGCAAGUGGUAAAACAAGAGAAUAUUUAGCUCAAAAAGAAGCAGAAAAAAAUCAAAGUAAAAAAGGUCAAAAGGCUGAAAAUAUUGUAUUAGACAACAAAGAAAUGAAUUAUAAUCAAUUUACAAUGGAUAAUAAUCAAGUUAUAUUAGUUGGAAAAGAAAGAUUCAAAUUGUGUGAUUUCUUUUUUAAUGAUGUUAAAGAUGGAAGACUUGAUAUUCUUAAUGCUGUCUAUAUAGCAAUAAAUAAUCCUAGUAUUGAAUCAAAUAGGCGUGCUGAACUUUGGGAAAACAUUGCUAUUGUUGGUGAAGGGUCAAGAAUUACAGGAUUUAAAGAACGUAUUUUUUCAGAUUUAACUCAGAAAUUUGUUUCUGUUAUUGAAAAUUCUUCUCAGAAACAUCAUAAUCUACCUAUACCAACAUAUACAACUCCCAAUACAUCAUCAACAUUAAAUCCUAAUUCAAGUUAUUUGGUCUAUCAUAAUCCACCAAUUAUUUUUCCAUCAACAAUUCGACUUGCAAAGAUACCUGAUUUCUUUCCUGAAUGGAAACCAGACAGAAAUCCCAAUGCAGUCUUAGAAGAAGCAUGUUUUCUUGGUGGAGAAAUUGUUGCUAAAUUAUCUUUUAAUGAUCCAAGUUCAAAAAAUUAUAUGGGAAGAGGCGAAUACAAUGAAAAUGGUCCACCUUAUAUUAACGAUAUAUGAUUACACAUAUAAGAGAUAAAUCUAUUCUAUAACUACAAUUUAUAU